AUGUCACUGACGGGCUCCUGUGAUCCGGGGGCUUCCAGCCUGGGCAGCCCACCGUUAUCCACAGGCUGUUUCACCCAGGUCUACACGCCAGCGGCUGUCAGCGGCCCCACUCCCCGGGGCGAGUGUCUGUGUGACACCCCCCAAGGCCCCGAACUCCGGACCCUCUGUUCAGCCUCGGCGGGACGGCUGCCGGCCAAGAGGAAGCUGGACCUGGAGGGCCCUGAAUCUCGCACACCCAAAGGGAAGGGCUGGACACUGGCACAGGUCCCCAGCCCCAGGAGUAAGUGAUGCGGGCGGGGUAUCUCUUGUUUCCCCCCAGCCCCCAAGUCUCCCGGGGAGAAGACUCGCUAUGACACCUCACUGGGGCUGCUCACCAAAAAAUUCAUCUGUUUGCUGAAUGAGUCUCCCGAUGGUGUUGUGGAUCUGAACCGGGCUGCUGAGGUGCUGGAGGUCCAGAAACGUCGCAUCUAUGACAUCACCAAUGUAAUGGAGGGCAUCCAGCUCAUCCGCAAGAAAUCCAAGAACCACAUCCAGUGGAUGGGGACAGGGAUCUUUGAGGAUGCAGCGAUGGUGGCGAAGCAACAAGUGUUGUGCGGGGAACUGUCUGAACUGGCUAGGACAGAGAGGAUGCUGGACCAGCUCAUGCACGACUGUGCCCUGCAGAUCCAGCAGCUGGCUGACAAUGAGACCAACCAGAGGCUGGCAUACGUCACCUACCAGGACCUCCGUGCCAUCAGCAGCUUCCAGGAGCAGACGGUGAUUGCUGUGAAGGCUCCCCCUGAGACGCAGCUGGAGGUGCCAGACUUCAGCCAGGAGAACUUCCAGCUCCACCUGAAGAGCACCAAUGGCCCCAUCGAGGUGUACCUCUGCCCAGAGGAGAUCAUGGAAGAAAGCCCCAACAAGGACCACCCUGUCCCCUCUGCUGCCAUCUCCCCACAGGACCACCCUGUAUCCCUUUCCCUGUCAAACAGCUCCCCAUCAGCCACACAGCCCCCCCACUCCAUCUCCCAGAGCUGGGGGGGCACAGGAACUGCUCUCUCUCCGCCAUCUCUGCCUCUCCCCAUCCAGGGGGGACCCAGCUCACUGUUGGAGAUGGAGCCUGGGCUUCUGGGCUCCCCUGCCCAUCUUCUGCAGCAGACGGAGGACCAGCUGCCCUGCACCCCCUCCCACCUGGACUUGGGACCCUUUGUCACCUUCUCGCCCCCCCUGGAACAGGAUGACUAUCUCUGGGGGCUUGAAGGCGAAGGAGUCACAGACCUCUUUGAGACAUAUGACCUGGGGGACCUGCUGAAGCACUGAGUGUCCCCCCAGUCCCCGCUUUGUCCCCUCUGGCUACUUGUGUCCUGAGCAUGUGGGAUCUGUGUGGGCUGACUGUAGAGACUGGGGUAUGCUGGGGAGCACUGGGUUUUCUGAGGAUGGGGGGGAGAGGGGGACUUGUGUUGCUCACCCACUGUGGCUUCUCUGCACUCUCCUGGGUUGGUUGGUCACCUCACUGGGCACUGGGAGUGCUCAGGGAUCCAUCCAGGACCCAUCCCAGCAUCCCCCCAUAAAUCCAUGGGGCACUGUGCUUCCCACCAUAACCACCCACCACGCUGCGGAUGAUGGUGGACUGGAAGUGCCUUUGGGUGCCCCAGAUGACUUAGGGGCACCCUAGGAUGGCAGAGAAACUUCUGCCCAGAAUGGGCUGUGUCAUGUUUUGGGGUCACUCCAUCUGCUCCUCAGUUAAAUUGGUGGUUCUUCAUGGUCUCAACAGAUCAUUUCCAGGGGUAUUUUCCCCACCAUGGCUGGAAUAUCCUAAAAAAAAAAACCAUUAAGGCAGCAAAGCUGAAGUCACCUUUGGGUGAAAGAAGAAUGAGGCUCACGUGGCUCCAGCAAAUCUCGGGAAAAGAUAUGGAGCCAUAUUCCCUGAGGGGCUGCAGCCCUCGGCCCCAGUCUGUACCAGCUCCCUCUGGCCUCUUGGAGUGACUGGUGCUGGGAGUAUGAAAACUGGACUAUACUAGGAAGAGGUAUGCCUGGAAGAGGUGAUGACCUGCAGAGAGGGGCUUGGGAAACAGCUUGGGACAAGCCCUGGGACAUGGAGUAGGAUAGGAUUUUUAAUUGUGCCAUUUCUUGUGAAAUAUCUGUAAUUAUUGCA